UAUAUUAAGCUACAUAUCCUAUAACAAAUAUGAUUUUAAAAUCAAUACUCUCUUUUUAUUUGAAAGGGGAUAAGAUGAAAAGCAAAAGGAAAUAUAUAAAAACUAUAUAUAAAAGAGGAUUUCUAAAAUCCUAAUUUAAUUGAAAAGCGAAGACAAGAUACAAAACGUUGUUUGUAAGUUGGAAGAAUGGCGAUGGCUAUGUCUGAUCUUCCAGGGGAAUUGGUAACGGAGAUAUUAUCUAGGGUUCCAUUGACAUCUCUUAGGGCACUGCGAUGCACUUGUAAAACGUGGGAAGUUUUAUCAAAAACCCACAUAGUUGCUAAAACAGACGCAGAGGGCACGUUUCUAGGGUUCAUGGUAAUAGAUUAUAACCUUUAUUCAAUGAAACUUGAUCUGCAAGGAACCCGCGACAACGGCAACUUGGUUUAUCGUCCCUCUAUUGAGAGAGUAUGGUUACUUGAACAAGCUGAGAUAUGGGAAGUCUUUCACUGGGACGGCUUGCUGUUAUGCGUCAUCAAAGAUGAGACGCGGCUUCUUGUGUGGAACCCGUAUUUGAGACAACUCAGGUGGAUCCAAACCAGGGACAAACUCCAUUCAGCAUACAUGUAUGGUCUCGGAUAUGGAAACAACAACAACAACGAUCGUAACCACAAGAUCUUGAGGGUUUUGGACGUUACUAAGUCCUCAGAACCUGGUCCCUUAUUCGAAAUCUACGAUUUUAACUCAAGUUCAUGGAGAGUUCUUGAUGUCGAUCCCGGCAACUGCGUUAUAAAAAGUGGCGUGUCUCUCAAGGGAAACACUUACUUUUUGGCUGAAGAAACUUGCUUGGAAGGGUUUGUUGUUGAGAGUCAAUAUAUCUUACUAUGUUUCGAUUUUACAGCAGAGAGGUUUGGACAGCGUCUUAUUCUGCCGUUUGGUGCUGGUGUUAGGUUUAUAAAAACCGUGGUUCUUUCUCGUGUUAGAGAUGAGCAGCUCGCUGUGUUACAUCAACCCGAAGACAAUAAUGUAAUGGAGUUUUGGAUUACGAGCAAGAUUGAGCCCAAUGCUGCAUCUUGGACCAGGUUCUUGAGAGUGGAGAUGACACCGCAAAGCUUUGUGACUGAGAGUUUCUUCAUUGAUGAGGAGAAGAAACUGGCUCUUGUUUCCGGAUUCUUUAAGUUGUUUAGACAUAUUUACAAAAGAGCUUAUAUCAUUAGAGAACAAGGAUGCAUCGAAUCUGUGGAGAUGAGAAAAGAUAGGGAACCUGGAAACAAACUUGUCUUCUCUUCUUAUGCUCCAAGUUUGGUGCAACUACAAAUCAAUCGAUGAGGCAAAAGGAAAGAGAGAGAUUACUAGAUUAAGUAGAUAGUUCAAUUUGCAAUGCUUGUUCCUUUUAUUGUGUCAUCUCCAUCUAAACAAUAAUACAGAUAGUCAACUAUUAAACCUUUGUGUUUUACU